CCAGUGUUCGCCGCGUGCAUACGUUUCCGUCGCACGGCGUUAAACGUGCUAUCGCCCACACAUGACACAGAGCCCGAUACAAUCUUUAAGAAGGUCGUGUAGGCAUUAAAGAAGUAUGGAUAGCAAAUAGUGUACCAGUUCCUACAGUGACAAACACAAAACACACGUUUUUUUGGAAGUUACUGAACACUACAUCACGGCUCGGGUCUGUACGGUUGUGUUCGGACGGGCCGGAAGGACCUCAUUGGUGCUGCAGGUGUAAGAUGGAAGAUAAUGCUGACCGGUUUUGUGAAUACAGGACCUCGUUACCAGUGGCUCAAUUCAGUCGCGGCGACUUCUCCCUGUGGUCGGUGCUGAAGAACUGCGUGGGCAAGGAGCUGUCGAAGAUCACGAUGCCGGUGGUGUUCAACGAGCCGCUGUCCUUCCUGCAGCGCAUGCUCGAGUAUCUUGAGUACGCGCACCUGCUGCGCAUGGCUUCCGAGCAGACCGACCCUGUCGCAAGGAUGGAGUAUAUCGCUGCUUUUGCUGUGAGCGCACUGGCCUUUAACUGGGAGCGUCUUGGCAAACCCUUCAACCCUUUACUCGGCGAGACAUACGAACUCGAACGACCAGAGUUCAGAGCUGUCUGCGAGCAGGUAUCCCACCACCCGCCAGUGUCCGCGUUCCACGCCGACAGCCCCCACUUUGUGUUCCACGGCUCCGUACACCCCAAGCUGAAGUUCUGCGGCAAGAGUGUUGAAAUACAACCCAAGGGACACGUCACUGUCGAAUUGCCUAGAUGGGGAGAAGCAUACACUUGGAGCAACGUGAACUGCUGCGUCCACAACGUGAUCGUGGGCAAGCUGUGGAUCGAGCAGUACGGCCCCAUGGAGGUGGUGUGUCACGGUGGCGCCGGCCUCAAGGCCACGCUGGCCUUCAAGCCCGCGGGGUUCAACAACCGGGACUUGCACAGGGUCGAUGGGUUCAUCGUUGAUGCUAACAAAAAGCGCCUCCGAUUCCUAUACGGUAAAUGGACGGAGUAUAUAAAGUGCUGCAGCUCCGCAGCGCACGAGCAGUGGUCCAAGGAGCGCGGUGAAGAAGCAGCCGCGCAGAACACACCCUCGCACACGCCCAAGAAGGUGCUCGCCAAACUCAACAGCUUCAAGGUGGGCGCGCUGCGGUCCAUGUCCAUACAAGAUAACGACGAACCAGAUAAUACAGAUGAAGUCCCCAAGCCCGAUGAAUCUUAUAAUAUCGACAUACCAAAUUCCGUGACGCUCUGGGAAGCCCGGCCGAGGCCUACUAACAGCGCUCAGUACUACCAGUUCACCGAGUUCGCGAUGUCCCUGAACGAAUUGGAGCGCGACAUGAAAGGGCAGCUAUGCCCUACGGACAGCCGGCUGCGGCCCGACGUGCGUCUCCUAGAGCAGGGAGACAUCGACGGAGCAGCUGCUGAGAAGACGCGUCUGGAGGAGAAGCAACGUACCGCCAGGAAGCUCCUCAAGAAGAACGCGGACGGGUGGCAGCCCAGGUGGUUCAGCCAAGGCACGAACCCUUACACGAAGCAAGAGGAUUGGCUCUACAACGGCGGGUACUGGGACCGCAACUAUCAGCAUCUCAAAGAUGUCGACAUAUUUUAAGAUAUCGACGGCACGCGAGGAACUUGUUUGGGAAAGCUGGAAGCAACUCUGGGUCUAGUUCAGAAAGUUGUGCGUAACAUUGUCGAGGGUAAAUACUUUUUGGCACGGAGAUUUAGAAUAUUUCGUGCGGCUAAUGGAAUACUGACUUAUUAGUACUUUAGUCAUUAUAGACAAAAUCUUGAGCUUAAGCAGUCUAACAUAUUUCAUUAUUAAGCAAAUAUCCCUAGAGUGUUAGCACAAGAACAUCUUUAAAAUUUCACAAUUUCGAAUAUUAUGCAAAGAUCCUUUACUUAUACUAUAACUAAGUACUUAUAAGUCAGUUUUCAAAACAUGACGUGAUUGUGUUACAUUAUGAUAACUCGUAUUUAUACUGCUGAAUAAAGUAUACGGCUGUAGAUCUUUAAUGAUAAUGAAGAACUUUGCAGCGCAACGCUAACUUUUCCAUAUUAUAUUUAUCUUAUUAUGGAAAAGAAAAUAUUCAGCUCAUUGCUUAACGUCUACAGGGUGAGGCACAAAGGUUCCAAACAAUAAGGCUAAACUUAUUGUUUAAAUUCCUAGUAUAGGUAUCGGCAAACUUAUUGAACAAGACAAUAGACAAAUAAACCUGCGACGUUUUUUGUGUAAAAUUGCUACUGCGCAGGCUUUCUUGCCUGUGGUCGUUGCACCAGAACUUUGCCGGGGUGUAUACAUACCUAUUUCCUUCAUUAUUUAUGUCGAAUGUCCUUAAAAAAAAGAUAUUUUAUUUAAAUUAUGUAUUAAAAAAUAUGUGAAAAUAAAAUAGACUAACAACAUCCUAUCUGACCUGUUUAAAUGCUAACCAUGUUAUGUUGGAUUUUAUAAAUCAAUAUUGCAUUGCGUAACCAAAGUUUAACAAACUUGAUGACAUGAUGGACAGUAAAAAUAAUUAGGUAUAUAAAUUGGAAAGCCAAUAAUAAAUUGACACUUCACGCUCUUAAAUGUGUAAAAAAUCGCUACCUACAUCCUUCCUAUUAUUUAAUAACUUAUCUUUUUUGUUAUACCCUGUAUAUUAUAUGGACAAUAAGCUAUAAAAUAACAUCUUUAUAUUUUGGAAUAGCGUUCAAUUUGAAAAUAUUCGUGAUUAACGACAAAAAAAUUGUGGAUUAUGUAGGUUUAGCUUAAAGGUCAUUAGAGCUACCAGGCACCCGUGACCAACGAUUCAUUCGAUUUUCCAGAUUUGUCAACGAUUCUGUGAAAUAAAAUCUCACUCCAGAUUUCGAUAGCUACCAUUUAAGACAUAAGUUUGAUAUGCAUUACCCCAUUACACGGAAAAA